AUGGCCCGGAUAAAUAAUCUAUUCACCCCGCGGCGGGCGCUUACGACCCUGGGUAUCUCUGUCCUUGCGAUAGCAGCUUCAGCCUCGGCCGAUGUUGCCGGAGAUCAUGGCCCAGGAAGCACUGCGCCUGUUCGCCCCUUUCGUCUCGACCAGGUACAGCUCGGCGCUGGCUUGCUCCAGGAGAAACGUGAUAGAAUCAAGGAAUUCGUGCAAGCAUACGAUGAGCGCCGCUUCCUGAUUCUGUUCAACAAUCAAGCCGGCCGACCAAAUCCCGAUGGCAUUGAGGUUCCUGGCGGAUGGGAAGACGGUGGGUUGCUCAGCGGACACUGGACUGGCCACUACUUGACAGCGCUCUCCCAAGCCUAUGCCGAUCAAGGGGAAGAGGUUUUCAAGACAAAGUUAGACUGGAUGGUGAAGGAAAUAGCCGCGUGUCAGGAUGCCAUCACUGCACGUAUGCACCAGAGCAACAACACCGAACAAACAAAUACAACCGCCAGUGCUCCCGAUUGGAUUCCAACGCACCCUGGUUAUGUUGGAGCUUUACCUGAAGAUACAGUGCUGCGGCUCGGUCCUCCACGCUGGGCUAUCUACGGAAGCGACCUCUCGAAGAACACUUGGGCAUCGUGGUAUACACAGCACAAGAUUAUACGAGGUCUAUUAGAUGCAUACUACAACACCAAUAACACACAGGCACUCGACGUGGUGGUGAAGAUGGCCAACUGGGCGUAUCUAGCACUCACCAUCGGAGAUAAGAGACAGCCCGGUUAUACUGGCAAUCUGACUAGGUCGGACCUCAACUACAUGUGGGAUCUGUACAUUGCUGGCGAAUUUGGUGGCGCCAACGAGGUGUUCCCAGAGAUAUAUCAGCUGACUGGCGACGAGCGGCACUUGUACACUGCCAAAGCGUUUGAUAACCGAGAAUCCCUGUUUGGUGCAGCCGUCCAAGACAACGACAUACUUGUAGUCCCGGCUGACAAGAUUCCCGGACGACGCCGUGCCCAACGAUUGCACGCCAACACGCACGUCCCUCAAUUCAUUGGCUAUAUGAGCGUCUUCGAGCACGGCGGCGGGCAAGAGUACUUUGACGCCGCAAAGAACUUCUACGGCUGGGUGCACCCGCACCGCCACUUUGCCCAUGGCGGUACGGGAGGCAACUAUCCAGGCUCCAACGACAACCCCGAACUGUUCCAGAACAGAGACAACAUUGUCAACGCCAUUGCUGACAACGGCGCCGAGACGUGUACUACAUACAACUUGCUCAAAUUGGCUCGCUACUUGUUCCUGCACGAGCACAACGCCACGUAUAUGGACAACUACGAGCGCGGCUUGUUCAACAUGAUCGCCGGCUCACGUGCAGACGAAAGCAGUACCGAGAGUCCAAUGCUUACCUACUUCCAACCGCUGACCCCAGGUUCAAGCCGCGAGUAUGAAAACACAGGCACUUGCUGCGGAGGCACCGGUAUGGAAAGCCACACAAAGUACCAGGAAACUGUGUACCUACGCUCGGCCGAUGGGUCCACGCUCUGGGUCAAUCUUUAUGUUCCCUCCACCUUGACGUGGGCAGAUAAAGGGUUUGUAGUCAAGCAAGAGACAAGGUUCCCGCGCAGCGACACCGUCAAGUUUACCGUCUCUGGCGAUGGGCCAUUGGACAUCAAUCUGCGCGUACCAGCCUGGAUCCGUAAGGGCUUCCAAGUCAAAGUCAACAAUGCGGUCUCGGAUGCCACCGCCACACCAGGUUCAUAUCUCACCAUCAGCCGCACAUGGGCUGCGGGUGACGUCGUCGAGGUCACCAUGCCCUUCACGCUACGCAUCGAACGCGCGCUCGACCGCCCAGACACCCAGGCCCUGCUAUGGGGUCCCGUUCUCCUUCAGACGAUAGGCACACCCGCGGGCGGUCAAACAUACCAUCAGCUCUCGCUGUACCGGCAUCUCAAGCUCGAUGGCGACUACGCGCGGGCAGCUGCCGUGAAGACUUCACCGGCUGGCGAUUCUAUCUUUAGCUUCGCCGGUAGCAAUGGCAACUUGACGGCGCGCCCGUACUACAUUGGCGACACCCAAGCCGCGUCUGCGUAUUUUCGCCGUGUAGAGCCCAGCGUUGUAUUUGGGUCUGUCGACACCAAGAUCGCCAACCGCAAACGCAAUGAUGGUUUGCCGCGGUAUGAUGUUCCUGUCGCGAACAUCACAUCGCCUGGAAAUGAUGGGCCAACUUUCCUGGACAUCGUCUGGGAUUCUGCACCGUUCAAGACCCACAGUGCUUUUGUAGGAACAGUUCAAAAUGUUGUUAAGGCAUUUGUGGCGGAUGGUGUGUAUACUCAGGCUGAGGCAGAUCGCAUUGUAAAGAGUGCGAAGGAUGCAAAGUCGCAGCUGGAGGCAUGA